AUGGAAGAGAAGAAGGAGAGUACUACUACUUGUACAAAUGUUGACCAUAUCAACAAAAAAAGUAGAGCAACUAACUUUGCAGUGAACCAAACUACAACAACAGUAACAGAUAGAACUGUAAUAGAUUUAACAAAUAGUAGUAGUAAAAAAGAAGCAGCAAAGAGAUCACCUAAAAAGAGGAGUUAUGAUCAAGAUAAUGCUAAUGUUAAUAGUGAAGAGGGUGGUGGUGGUGGUGAAAGUAGAAUAUACACAGAAGAUGAAUUAAAGAGUAAACUUAAAAAGGAUUUAAUAGUGAUUAGUCAAAGAUUGGGUAUACCAUCAUCGAUGAGUCACUCAAAAGAUAUAAUCAUAGAACGAAUCACAAAGAUACAAAAUGAUCGUAUAGAAUUUAAAAGUAAAAUGGUUGACAAUAACCCUUUAUGUGAUUACAAUAAGGGAUCACUUGAAUAUUCAUUGCCGUGGUUCAUCAUAAGUAGAAUACUAGAUCAAGUUUGGACUGAAUCGUCUAUUUGUACAUGUUACUAUAGUGAAACUGUAGCCGAUACAUUUAAAACGCAACCAACACAAGAUAUAUAUCAUUUUUAUCAAAUGUGGCCAGUCUAUCUACCAUUGUUGGACAAGCACAAAGAAUCAAGAAUGAAAUGUCCAAUGCAUACAUACCACCAUUUGAACAAUAUCGAUCGAAUCGUCUCGUUUGAUGGUUCUCAAUCACUCUCUGUCGAACCCAAUGUAGACACUAACAAAUGGAGAUUUCAACUACUAAGCAUAUCAAAACGUGUCAAUCAAUUCAUAUCAUCAAAUUACCUCUCCAACGUUACCCUCAAUCAAGACACAUGGGGUCAUCUAAACAACCAACUGUGUCCAAUCAAAACACCAAAAGUCGUUACAUUAUCAACUCCCAUAGAUAAUGAUCCAACCAAAGAUAGUACACUUGUAGAGAACAAUACAAUGAUAUUUAGUACGGUUGAUAAGCUUAAACUCGAUGGUUUUAGUCUUAAAUCACCCAACAACAAGAUGAUCACUCAAGUCUUUAAGAAUAUCAAAUCAAUCACUGCCUGUGCACCAUUCAAUGGAAGAAAUGUUGAUUUUGGCAACAUGUUUAAACAACAAUUCAUACCGAGCUUUAAGAAUCUUACAUCAAUCAAUUUACUAUCCUAUCAACCUUUUGGAUCUACACAAGAACAAUUUCUUGGUAUUCUAUCAAAAUCAACAGCAGGAGAAAUAGUAAAACUUUUACUUCCAAAAGAAUGGUUAAAAGAACCAACUGUACUCGAAACUAAAUUGGCCAACAGUAUUGUCAACAGCAAUAUUAUUCCAGCACAACAAAUGCCAAACCUGCGAAUAUUCCAUGUUUUUGGAAGAACAUCUGCUGUCUACUCUUUUGUUGACACUAAAAUUACCAAACUUGUCAACCAUAAUCACUACAGCUUUGUUAGAACAUAUAUCAAUAGUAUUCCACAAUCUGUAACCAUUUUAAAAUUCAAACAGAUUGACCCAACAUCUCUACAACCCGUCUAUAUCAAUCAAAUCUUUAGUGCUUUAAAUGCCAAGAAACUGUUAAUUGACCAUUAUUUCGAAAUGACUGAUCAAAUGAUUAAUAGCUUUGCAAGACAUGGAUAUGAAUAUCAUGGAUCAACAUUUAAAACAUCAUCUAGAGUCAGACAAUUCACUUUUAUUAAAUCAACAACCAAUGUACAAGAAAUAAUAAUUGAACCAACAGAAGAGACAACAACAAAAGAAUCACAAAACUUUAAAGAAACACAAAUAAUCAAUAAUCCAAAUCUUCCAUUUAAUUUAAUUGAAAAGAUUGUAACAUACUCUUGGAAUAGUUAUUAUUGUACUUGUGAAAUUGAAACAAACAACAAAAAACCUUUUAACGAAAAAUGUCAAGAAUUUAGAGAGGUAAAGUCAAGAUGCCCCGUACACAAAGACUUUGUUGGUGUUUAUAUUGGACAAUCCCUUCUUCAAAGUAUCAACAAACUUCGAUUUGGAAUACCAAGUUCAUGCUUGAAACUAUUCAAAUUUGUUUCAAAAAAUCUUAUCAAGAGAAUGGCAUUUUCCAACUGGCAUGACAUACCAGAUCUACAAAAUCACUUUUCAAAUCAAUAUUGUUUGGUUGGUAAAUCGAUUGAAACACUGUCGGUUGGUUUGGAAAACAAAAAAGAAAGACUCAAUCCAGAAUUUCUUUUACGUGGCCACUAUUCAAAGACUAAAAGGUUUCAAGCCAUCGAGACACCAAAUUAUGCGGCUGUCCCAAUCACAGAUUUCUAUCCAAAACUAUUUGCCUCUAUUUUGGGAUAUAAAUUUCUUUGUGAAUUGGAUCUAUCUCGUUGUCCCAUUCUAGACUUUGGUCCAGAUACGAUCAAUCAUGGCAAUGUUUUCAUUAAUCGAUUAAAACGUAUCCCACUCGUGAAGCUCUUUUGCUCCACCAAUCAAUACAAACACCUAUUCCGAGACGAAAAUGGUCAAAAAUGGAGUUCAUGUCCAUUGGUACAAUCAUUGCAAGCAGUAUCAAUCGAUUCUCUUGAUUUGAUGCCAAAUUUGUUUGCAUUUCCAAAACUCACUCAUGUCAAAAUCAUUGUUUCUCAAAGUCCGAGAUGCCUUUUCUACGACCAAGAUGAAGAAUACAAAUCACAAUUAACUCUUCCCAAAGGAAUACGAAAAUUAUCAAUCAAUGAAUCUCCACUGACCAAACUCACUCGACUCAAUCCUCAAGUAACAAAAUUGGUUAUGAAUACAGGACGUAAUGGUGAUCAUUAUCAUGAUAUCUUUUUCCUUGACAAUCCCCAAAAGAUUAUCAUUAGAACAAACAGAGAAUCCCAUCCCACUAUUUUACAACAUUCCAACUAUCAAUUUAUUGGUACCUUUAUCACUAAAAAAUCUUUAAAUCCAUUUAAUGAAUAUAAAUGGAUUUAUCAAAAUAAUAAUAUUAAUCAAAAAAAUAAUAAUAAUAAUAAUAAUAAUAAUAUUAAUAAUAAUAAUAUUCACGAAAUUAUCUGUUUGGAUUAA